AACUGAUAAACAAUCAAAUUGUGAAUUUACAUCCUUUUUCUUCAAAAUUGAAAAAAACAGAACAGCAGUAUCUAGUCACUACUCACUUGUGAUUGUAUAUUUAUUAUUUGUAUACGACAAUGUCGACUUAUAAUGACCGACGACGGAAAGAACGUGAAAAUAUCGGUUUGAUUGGCGUUCCAGAAAUCUGGGAAAAAUCACCUCCACAACCUACCAACAAUUUAGAUACAGAUGACGAAAACACUUUGAAUCAAAAUAAUCUUGCAAUCGCUCCAAUUAAAUCGCAUAAGAAAAGAAAGAAACAAAAAGAUAAAUCAAAGAAAUCAAAAAAGUCCAAAAAAGCUAAAAAACACAAAGAAUCACAUAAGAAAAAAAAGAAGAGAAAAGUAUCAUCAGACAGUUCAAGUUAUUCAAGUAGUGAAGGCGAAGGUGAUGAAUGGAUUGAGAAAAAAGGUGCCAAAGAACCUACCGUAGAUGACAUGGUGGGACCAUUACCGAAGCCUAAUGUCACUUUAACACAAAAAGAGUAUGGCCACGCUUUGUUACCCGGGGAAGGUGCAGCCAUGGCAGCUUAUGUACAAGAUGGUAAACGUAUUCCUCGGCGUGGUGAAAUUGGUUUGACAUGUGAUGAAAUAUCAUCUUACGAGUCAGUUGGGUAUGUGAUGAGCGGAAGUCGACAUAGGCGCAUGGAAGCUGUGCGUAUUCGUAAAGAAAAUCAAAUUUAUUCUGCUGAUGAAAAACGUGCAUUGGCUAUGUUCAGUAAAGAAGAACGACAGAAGAGAGAAAAUAAAAUUCUUACUCAGUUUAGGGAUAUGGUGAAAAGCAAAACCUCGAAUAAAUAAUUAGAAAUUCAGUUUUGCAUGAAGUAUUAAGUAAUAUUAUUGACUGAUUACAAUAUAAUAUUAUAAUUUAUUGUUUUUUGUAUAAAAAAAUUCAUUAGGUAUUAUAUUUGUAUAAUAAAAUUCAAAGGUAAACUCUAAGAGAAUGAGACAAAUUUGAAAUUGGAGAUGUAAAAAGUAUUCAUUGUCAUAACUUGUGAUGGAACAUUUUUUAUUCUAUGUUGUUUUAUCUAAAUACAAAUAAAAAAAUUGUUCAUAAUUAUCAUAUUAUAUAAUGUUAACACUUAAAUAUAGUGGCUACUCUAUACCUCAAUUAUAUUGACCGAACACAUGUUUUCUCCCUGAGGAAAUACUUGGUGGGAAAGUAUUUAAAAUAAUUUUAUUAAGUUUGAUACACAUAGAUAUAGUGAAUGGUCAAUAGUCAGCAGUCACACUGAUAGAACUAAUCAUCAUUCAAAAAAAUAAAAAAUUGUAUCCAUCACUAUAUAAGCUAUGAAUCAGAAUGAAGAGACCUCCACUUAUGAAUGUAUGAUUAACUGAUGAUUAAAAUAUAAUAAAUCAAUGUAUAAAA